CUGGCUGAGUGUCAAGUACCAAAAGUGUAAGGCCUGACUCGAUCUGGCUAAAUAAAAUAUAGUACUAGUAAUGGUAAUAGUAGCAGCAGUGUAUAAUAAUAAUGAUAAGUGGUCUUCAUUAGCAUGUAGCCGAAGGUUGCGCGUCCUCCUAUUUACAUUUACCCAUGGGAUGAGAAUGGGACUAUUCUUCCUCUUUGUUUUUAUGUUAGUAAGAAUAUGUAACUGCUUCCAUCUUUCUCAGAUCUCUCUUCCCAUUUCUGGAUUUAUUUAUAUCUAAGUUAUCCCUUUCCUAAACAACUAUACUCUACCUAUUCCUAGCUCCAUUUGCCAAUCCCAAAUUGAAGAAUACAAUACAACACAAUAGAAAAAAGCUUCCAUCCUUUUAAAUCCGAGGAAUUUACUGAGAAAAAAACAUUCCGGUGGCUGAAUCCCUAUACCAAAACCGAGAAAAGCUCUUGUCUUUCUGUCUUUAAAUUAAGUUUAACGAUCCGGAGAGCUGGUGGAUAGAUCGGAAAGAUCCAUAUUAGUAUUAUUGAUAAAUGGGCGGUUCUCAGUCGGUAGAGGUACCCUCACAGGAAGAUGAAGACCAAGAAGAUGAAGAAGAAAAUGCGGAGCACGAGAACGACACCCCUGAUGGCCGAUUAGUUGGUGAUGACACAGCUCUGCUCAAGAAGGUUCUUGAACAAGAGCCCGAGAUGUUACCUUGCCACGCCUCCGCAUCGCCUCUCUCCCCUCAGCUCUCUUCUUUCGGCACCCCUCGUUUGGGCCCUUCUAUCAAGGUGUGGGAUCCUUAUAAUGUUCUUGCCCCACCUCCCUCACUUCCCCCUCCCCCUCAUUUCCACCGCACCUUCUCCUCUGAUUCUGUGGAUGAGGAUAGGACCCUCACCGAGGUCUAUUUGAUUAGUAAUGGAGAGUGUCAUUCCAAUUUAAGGCCUGAUUUGAUUGCCGGCCGCUGCCCCGAGGCUGCACUUACCCCUAAUGGCAAGCGACAAGCAAGAGCUUUGGCUGUAUUUCUCAAGUCUCAAGGGAUUCGUUUCAAUUCUAUCUAUACGUCUCCCUUGGAUCGGGCACGAGCUACUGCCCUCUCUGUUUGCCAGGAAUUAAACUUUUCAGAGGAACGUAUACAAUCCUCUGAUGCACUACUGGAAAUGAGUCAGGGGCAUUGGGAGGGAUGCCACCGCUCAGAUAUUUUUACACCUGAAACAAUUAGCCUAAUGGAAAAGUUCCAGCCUGAUUUUUCAGCACCAUCUGGAGAGUCACUGAGGCAGGUGGAAUUCCGGAUGGUACAAUUCCUAAAUGGAACUGUUAUGGCAUUGCCUGAAAAAUUCAGAUCCGAUUUCUCUCCACCUGAUCAGGGUGAGAACCAGGGCUUCUCAAACCGUGGUUCUCAUGCACUUGUCAAUUCAGUUCAUGACCGAGAUGGGCCGCCCUCUUUCUCGUCGUCCCAUUGGGAUUCGCACCACAGGAACCGACAAGGACUUUCGAGGAAGAAGUCUGGAAAGAGUAGGCUUCAGAUCGUGACAACUACUGGGGAUCAUGAGGCUGAUGAUGAGAUGUCACCUCGAGAACCCAUUAAUCCUAACUCCAUCCGUGAUUUAAAUGUGCAAAUCACUACUAAUGUUUCUCAAUGCAUCGGUAUUUUUACACAUUCAAUUCCGGUUAAGUGUCUUCUUACUGGCCUCCUUGGCUGUAGUGCAAUGAUGACAAGUAAGAUAUGCAUAGAUGAUUCUUCUGUUACAGUGCUACAACAUUCCUGGAAAAUGGGAUGGCAGAUCAAGAGAAUGAACGAUACUGCACAUCUUAGACUUCUCUAGUAAAUUAUUCCAUUUGGCAGCUGAGAAAACUUAAAGUAUUCUGGCUCGAUUAAGGAAUUUUUCAAAGCAUUGUGUAUUCUACAACUAGAGUCAGAUCACGGGAUGAUAAUUUUGAUGAUUCUCAAUUUCUUUUGCAAAAUUAAUUUCCACUCCUCCAACUGCAUGCCGAACUGAAGAUGGAGUUGGAACCACGUCUGUGGAUUAUUGUUUCAAUUUGUAGCAUUUUUAAAUUCUUGAUAUUGUAGGGCACUUCUAGUGUGGCUUUCUUAUAAUAAGCUGUUGAGUAAAUCAGGCUGAGUUUGGUCC